UGCGCGGGUGAGCAGCGCAGCAGGGCCAGGAGCGAGGCUUGCGGAGGAUGGAGCCCGGCCCACGCAGGGGUCCGCGGUCCCGCCGGUCCGCGAAGGUGUCCAAGCUCUGUGGGAGGACCUUCUGUUAUGUGUGCCCUCAUCCCACUGGGGCGUGGAUGGUGCCCAGGACCCAGCCAGAGACCAGUUGAAGACAUUCUCCUCAGAAGCACUCACCAGGAAUUCCCACCUUGGGUGCCGGGUCUGCCAUGGCGUUCCGUCGAACUGAGGGUGUGUCCAUGAUCCAGGCCCUCGCCAUGACUGUGGCUGAGAUACCAGUGUUCCUGUACACCACAUUUGGUCAGUCGGCAUUCUCUCAACUGCGGUUGACACCAGGCCUGAGGAAGGUUCUUUUUGCCACAGCCCUUGGGACUGUGGCCUUGGCCCUGGCCGCCCACCAGCUGAAGAGGCGCCGGCGGAAGAAGAAGCAGGUGGGCCCUGAGGUGGGAGGUGAACAGCUGGGCACGGUACCCAUGCCCAUCCUCAUGGCCCGCAAGGUGCCUUCAGUGAAGAAAGGCUACUCCAGCCGGAGGGUUCAGAGCCCCAGUAGCAAGAGCAACGACACUCUCAGCGGCAUCUCCUCUAUUGAGCCCAGCAAGCAUUCAGGCUCCUCCCACAGCCUGGCCUCGAUGGUAGUGGUCAAUUCAUCCAGCCCCACAGCCGCGUGCUCAGGUUCGUGGGAAACCAGAGGGAUGGAGGAGUCUGUGCCCACCACCGAUGGCAGUGCCGAGAGCCUCUAUGUGCAAGGCAUGGAGCUGUUUGAGGAGGCCCUUCAGAAAUGGGAGCAGGCACUGAGUGUGGGCCAGAGAGGGGAUGGAGGUAGCACCCCCACUCCAGGAGACAGCCUCCAGCACCCAGACACCUCGUCAGAGGCCCCGUCAGAGCCAGAGUCACAACGGAGGGAGUUUGCUGAGAAGCUGGAGUCCCUGUUGCACCGGGCCUACCACCUGCAGGAAGAGUUCGGCUCCACCUUCCCCUCUGAGGGCAUGCUGCUGGACCUUGAGAGGACCCUCAUGCUGCCCUUGACAGAGGGCUCACUGCGUCUGCGGGCCGAUGAUGAGGACAGCCUGACCUCGGAAGACUCCUUUUUCUCAGCCACUGAGCUCUUUGAGUCCCUGCAGGUCGGAGAUUACCCAUUUCCUCUCUCCAGGCCUGCUGCUGCCUAUGAGGAGGCUCUGCAGCUGGUAAAGGACGGGAAAGUACCGUGUCGAACACUCAGGACAGAGCUGCUGGGCUGCUACAGUGACCAGGACUUCCUGGCCAAGCUGCAUUGUGUACGGCAGGCCUUUGAGGGACUUCUAGAAGAGAGGAACAACCAACUCUUCUUCGGGGAGGUCGGCCGGCAGAUGGUGACAGGCCUAAUGACCAGGGCUGAGAAGAGUCCCAAAGGCUUCCUGGAGAGCUACGAGGAGAUGCUGAGCUACGCCCUGCGGCCUGAGACCUGGGCUACCACCCGGCUAGAGCUGGAGGGCAGAGGGGUGGCAUGCAUGAGCUUCUUUGACAUUGUGCUGGACUUCAUUCUCAUGGACGCCUUCGAGGACCUGGAGAACCCCCCAUCUUCGGUGCUUGCUGUCCUGCGGAACCGCUGGCUGUCCGACAGCUUCAAAGAAACAGCCCUAGCCACGGCAUGCUGGUCUGUCCUGAAAGCCAAGAGGAGGCUCUUGAUGGUGCCCGAUGGCUUCAUCUCCCAUUUCUACUCCGUAUCGGAGCAUGUCAGCCCUGUGCUGGCCUUUGGCUUCCUCGGACCCAAGCCGCAGCUGGCGGAAGUCUGUGCUUUCUUCAAGCACCAGAUUGUGCAGUACCUGAGGGACAUGUUUGACCUGGACAACGUGCGAUACACGUCGGUGCCAGCCCUAGCGGAGGACAUCCUACAGCUGUCCCGGCGCCGCAGCGAGAUUCUGCUGGGCUACCUGGGCGCGCCAGUAGCUAGUAGCACUGGGCUGAAUGGGCCACUGCCCCGAGAAAAUGGGCCCCUGGAAGAGCCGCAAUAAUGGGGACAGGCUGGAGGGGAAAGGUGGCUGCCUGGGCCUCAGUCACAGGGGUGAUGGGAGACAGAAGGCUGCCCCUCCCUUCCUUUGGGUUGGCAUCCAAGGGCCAGGGUGGCCAAGGGCCAUUGUCCCUGGGCCUGUUCCACCCCCUCCUCUGGGAAUCCCAACACCCAGAGGACAAAUUCCAUGGAGUGGAACCACUAGGAGCCUGUCCAGCUGCCCUCAGGGUUCCCUGGGCAACAGAGGCAGGCCAGAGACAGCAGGGUCUGACCAGGAGAGACAGUGAGAGAGGAAGGUGUGCUAUAGAAUUGCUCUGAGUGUGGACCACAGAACCCCAACCCCUCUGGGCUGCAGACAGAGGGCAAGAAGGUGAUAGGUGAAGGAUAGGACAUGCAGAGCUAUGUGGUGACAGUCAGAGGGUCCUGGAAGAGGCGCUACCUCUGGCUACACAUUGCCAGCACCCAGGCUCUGGCCAGUACAGAAAUCCCCAUCUGGGCCAUCCAGACAUAGGCUUGCCCCACCUGUGCUCACGUGUGAGCCAGGGCUAUCCCUUCACAAACCCAGGCACCAACCCAGGACACCGGCCUCCCACAGUCCCACGCCCUGCCAUCCUCUGCCAGCCUCCAAAGAUGGAAGAGGUAGGACUGGCUGCUUCCCAUUCCCCUGUGAGCCUGGCACUCCCUGGGCAGUGCUAGGCUCCAACAGAGGGCCCUAACCAGAGCUCACAAAGGCCUAUCCCCUGUGUUGCCAUCUGCUGCUCCAGAAGUGAGGAUCUAGAACUCAUGGCAGAGGAUGACAGAGGACGCACAGCAGGCCAGCCCCUCCUCGCUUCUGACAAGAAGCUGGACUCAGCACUUUGCCUUCAACUCUGUGCACACGUACCCUGGGCCGCACGGUGGCACAGAGCCCACCUCAGGGCUGCUGCCGCCCAGGGUCCUGCCGACAGUCCUGCUAGCAUCUGUCACAGCUGCCACAGGGGUCCUGGCAGCCCUCUCCUUUUGCCUGAGCUGGGAAGUUUUUAUUUAUUGCCUUAACACUUUAUUUGGCUGUCUUCCCCCCACCCCCUUCUUCCAGGUUGUGAGACCUGCAGGAGAAGAGUGCUGUUCUGGUCUGGAGUUGAGCACUGGCUCCUAGGAUCAAGUGCCUCUCUCUGGAAGGGGAAAGGGCUCCCCAGGGUCAUGAGGAUGCAGUGAGGAGAGGGUGUCUCUGGCUCCAGGUCAUCCUCUCUGAGGCCUGUGCUCAGAAGGGAGCAGCCCUCACGCACUCAGUCUUGACAUUCCAUUCAUUUGCACUUAACCCUGAGCUGUGAAUGUAUCCCUGGGCCAAGGCCCACUCUGACUUUCCCUUAAUCACACAGCAGUGGCAUUUCCAUCUUGUCCUUGUCAUGUGUCCAUGCACUGGCCUCUAGCACUCGAUGUCACAAAUCCCAGUGGUAGGGUGUGUGCAGUGACUGUGAGUCAGAUAAAGGAUCGAAAUGGACUCCUCUCUGUGUCUUGCUGGGCGUAGGGGUGGGAGCCGUGGCGAGGCAGGAGCAGUGUGCUGCAGCGCUGGAGACCUGCCCGCUGAUGCAGCAGGGGGAGGUUCCAGGAGGAGCAGAGGCAGGAGCGGCCUGACAGGUCCCUAGGGAUGACAAGAUGCAGAUGUGAAGUGGGUGGCCUGCCCCUCUGGUCCUCAGUUUCCACAUCUGUAAAUCAUGGGCAUUGCACCCAGCCAGGGUUGAGAAGGGAGAGCCAGGUGAUGACAGCCCAUCAGGUCUUCAUGGGCAUCUGUCUUGCAUAAGUUACUACUGCUGUGAUGAAGCACCACGACCAGAAGCAACUUGGGGAGGAAAGGGUUUAUUUCCCUCACAGUCCAUAUAACAAACAGCUCAUCAUCAAAAGCAGUGAGGGCAGGAGCUGAUGAUGAAGCCAUGGAGGGGUGCUGCUUACUGGCUUGCUCCUCGUGGACAUGAAGGCCAGCCAGUUUAGCUGAAUCAUAUAUCUGGGUUCACUGAGAGAUCCUGCCUUAAACAUGAAGUAGAGAGCUGAUUAAGAAAAACAUUCAAUAUCGACCUCUGUAUAGUGUGCAUAUAUACAGACACACAGAAUAUUUUUUCUUUUUGAGACGGCAUGUAGCCCUGGAUGUUCUGGACCUUGGUAUGUAGACCAGGCUGGUCUACAUAUCUACAGAGAUAUGCUUGGCUCUGCAUCUCGAGUGCUUGGGGAAGGGAGGAGAUGAGGCAUGAAGAUCAGAUCAAAGCCAUCUCUAGCUACACAAAACGUAAGGCUAGCCUGAACUUGAAGAGAUCUGCUCUACCUCCCAAGUAAUGACAGAUACCUAUUAAAUUUAUUAAUAAGCAAGUUGGGCAUGGUGGUGCACACCUGUAAUCCCAGCACUCUAGGAGGCUCAGGCAUGCAGAUCUUUGUGAGUUAGAGGCCAGCCUGGUCUACAAAGAGUACAGGACAGCCAGGGAUACACAAAGAAACCCUGUCUCAAAUAAAAUAACAAAUUAUUAAUAAGCUUCAAGCACUAUAGCUGGGCAGAUACUCAUCUAUUCUAACUCAGCUCUGCUGACCUGGCCUAAUUCCCAGCCAUGUGCCCUGCUACCUGAAUUCUUAAUCUCACCCUGGCUGCUCCUGCUCCAUCUUUGUCCUUAUGGUGACCCUCUCUCCUAGAGGCUCUGCUUCUCUCUCCCCUAGGACCUCUUUCCUGGGAUCAGAAGUCACAGCCUAACUGUCCUUCCCCACGAUAGGUUGUUCAGCUCUUUAUUAACCAAUUAGAGGAAUAGAGGACAUUUUUUACAGUGUAUACAAGUGCUUCAAUAAUAAUGACAAUGCUGAUGUCCAGGCUGCAACCAGAUCUCUAGAUGCAGAAAUCAGCAUUUGAAUACACAGUGUGCAAAAUGACCUCCAAUAAGACCCUGUCUUAAGAAUACAAAGGGAGAGGUGAAGUACACACCUAUCCUAGCACUAAGGAGGUGCAGAUGAGGCAGUCCAAGGCCAUCUCUGGCUACUACAUAAUGCUAGGCUAGUCUGGUUACACGAGACACUCUCAAAGGUGAAACUAACAGGGCAGGGGAUGUGGUUCCUGGGUAGAGUACCUGCUGGCAUGCCGGAAGCCCUGGGGGACUCUGGUGUAACCCGGAAUCUAGGUAUGGUGGUGCACACCUGCGAGGCCAGCUCUGUGGCGGGGGAAAUAGGUUCACAAGGACAAGAUGGUCCCCAGCUCCAAAGCAAGUUUGAGGCAAGCUGGGACACGAGGCAUUGUCUCAAACGAAUAAGCGGUAGGGGGCUCCUUGAGACCCCGUCACCAACGUGACAGAUGUCACUCCAGUGCUGGGAAACAAGUGGGCUUUAAACAAGGCAAGCAGUUUGUUUAAGGAGCUUUGUUGGGGUGUGCUGUGGACCCCCCAAAUGCAUUAUUUUAAGGGUUCCAGCAAGGAUACAGAGGAACAUACCAGCUACCACAGUAUACUUGUAGAACAUUUCUAUCAGCCUCUCAUGCUUUCCAAGGCUGCCACCAGCUCUCUCCCCUUGCUUUUUCUGGACCUUUUCCACAAAUUGGAUCAUGUCAUAUGUGGUCUUUGAGUUGGUGCUCAUGCUGGUAGAAAUGUUUUUUGUUGUUGGGUUUUGUUGUUGUUUUGAGACAGGGUUUCUCUGUGUAGCUGUGGCUGUCCUGGAACUUACUCUGUAGAACAGGGUGGUGUAAUAGAUAACUUAUAUAUAUAUAUUUUCCCUUCUAAUCACUAGCUCUAGCUCCCAAAUAAGUGACACAAAGACUUAAUAAAUUUAUUAAUAAGCUUUAA